GGUGACAUGUGGUAAACUUGAUUAAGUUUGAUUUGUGAUUGUAACUCAAAAAUGUUACCAAUCAUGCAUUAAAAUUAUUUUUUUGAUUUUAAGUUUGAUUUAACAUGUAUUGUACUUGAGGUAUCAUUUUGACUUAGAUCCUUUGUAAAAUUGCUAAAUCAAAACUUAAACCAACAUCAACCAAAUUUGCAUGUGUUAGAAGUUGAUUUACAAAUUUAAUUACUUUUCCUGUUUAAAAAAUAAAAAAGAAAAUAAUGAUUUUUGAAAACUUACGUUGCCAAGUUGAGUCCACCUAAUUUUGAACUCGUCAAAGAUUUUUAUAAUCUUUCUUGUUCCUAUUUUUUUGAAUUAUUCAAAAUUUUAACUAAUUAUUAAACAAAAUCUUAAGCGUUAAUAUGAUAUAAUAAUUCAAAAAAUACUAAUUAUAAAAUUAUAUAUAUAUGACCCUAAGUUAGUGUGGAUCACACACUUUCAAAACCUAAAAAGCUUAAGGUAUGUUUUCUUCUGUUUUCUUCUUUUGCUUGCAAAAGUUAUUUUCAUUUUUUACUUGCAAAAACUAAUAAGCUUGACGUCUGUGUUCUAUCUUCUUCUUCGUCUUUACUUCUAAAAGAUAUUUUUUUUUCUUGAAGAAACCAAUAAGCUUAUGUUCAGUUUUUCUGUCUUCUUCUUUAUGUGAAAAUCAUAUUUUCAUUUUUUUUACUUGCAUUAGCUUUAUAGAUCGUUUUAAAUAAUAGAGUACCUUUUUAUGUUUAUUAAUUUUUUUUUUUGGAUGAAGAUGUCUAAUAAUGAAAAUGUUGAUGAUGCUGGUGUUGGUGCUGAUGACGGCGGUGGAACUACACGUCGUAAGGUAAACUUUAUAAUUGAUAUGUCAAAAUUUUAACUUAUAUGAAGUUAUAGUAUUUUAAUAAUUUUAACAUAACUAUAGAAACAAAAACAAAUUAUAUGGGAAGAUGAGCAUGUUGGGGUAUUCUUGGAGCUUCUCGAUAUUGAGUUGGCUAAAAUUAGAUACAGACAAAAGUUACCGAAAGAGGUAGGGAGAGAGCGUAUUUGUAAAGAGUUUUUGGAGAAAACUGGUAUAAGCCUUUCUUGGGAGCCUUUCAAAAGCAAAUACGAUAUAUUGAAAAAUAUGUAUGGAUCGUAUAAAAGGCUCAAGAAUUUUACUGGAGUUUCAGCAGAUGACAAUACCGGUUUGAUUGAGAUGGAUUCUGAAUGGUGGGACGAUCGCGAAAAGGUACAUUAGUGUACAUAGUUGAUAUUUAAAAAUCAAUUAACAAACCUUGUUACUGAUAUUUACGUUGUAUUCGUUAUCUUUUGUGUUGUGCAGGAGAUUCAAUAUGCAAAAAAGAUCCGUGAAAAUGGGAUUCCACACAUGGAACUUAUGAGACGGAUAUUUGGACGUCAAGGCAGUAAACCAGAAGCUAUGUACUCAACUCAUGUGCAAGAUGCUGAACAAAAUGAGCAACUGGAUAAAUCAGUUCCAGAAACCCAAGACAACGAUGGAGACCAUACAAAUGAUGUGCAUCACCACUCACAAACCAUUUCACUAGACUCUCCUCCAAGGUCACCUAUUGGUCCAUCAAAGUGGUCAAACAGAAAACAGGCACGUGUUGCUCCAUACGAAAGCGGUCGAGGGAAAGACGUUGCACUCAGCCGCGAGAAGAACAUCCCACGAAGAAGAAAGUCAUUUGAAAAGGAGAUAAAUGAGCAGUUCAAAGAAAUGAUGGAAUUACGUCGUUCUCAAGUUGCAGAAGCAAAAGAGCGCAGAGAAAAAAAUGACGCUCAACCAUUUAAAGAGGCAUAUGAAAUCUUGAAAUCAAUUCAAGGUCUAACAAGGUGGACAGAUUUUUGGUGGGCUUGCAUCAAAGUACUAAAAGAAGAUCCAUUUGCCAGAGAAAUGAUUUUCUACAAUGAGAGUGAUCAUGAUAGGAUUACCUUUUUGGAGGGUUAUACAGGAUAUGAUCUUCAUUGAAAUUUCUCCGGAGAACGUUUCAAGGCUUUGCAACAUUGUCAUGGUGAUCCUUCAAGUGCCAACCCAGAGCAAAACAUCAUAAGACCAACCAUGGAGAGUUACAAGGAUUUUGCUGCCCCAUCUCGUUCAGAACUAAUGUCAUUGUUUGAAGAAGUAGGAUACAAACGUCGAUAUGGGAAAAUGGGUGAUAGGCGGGAAUCGAGUGAGACAAGAAUUAAUCUUGAUGAUUAAAUUUUUAUUUAUAGUUCCUUUUAAUUAGAAUAAAGUAGUGUUUCUUAUUUUAUUUUUUAGAGUUAAUAAAUUAUCAUUUUUAGUAUUUUUAUGAUAGUUAACAUUAUUCUAAGUAUUUUUCAAAUCUUUUAUAUUGUUGCAGGUCAUACGAUUAAAAGAAUUAUAUUCUCGAGGUUUAGAAAAUCUUACAGACGAGGAGCUGCUCGAACUAUAUGAUAUGGAAGAUGACGAGUAUAUAGAUAUGAUUUUACAACCUAUGUGGAGUACUACAAGCGUCAUUUUUCCAAGCAACCAAUGGUAUUUGAACGGGGACUGGGUUGGCGAAAUCUCGAGAAUCAGAUUCGUAAUAAUCCAAACCACUGCAUGAACAUGUUAAUGAUGCAUCCAGAAGCCUUUCAAAACCUAUGCACAACACUGGAGCAACGUUACAGUCUAAAUAGUACCGAUCAUAUCAGUGUUGUUGAGAUGGUGGCAAUAUUUCUCGUUACAUGCGCCCAAAAUGAUACGCAACGGUAUGUUGGAUUGUCUUUUGGUCGUUCCCAAGAGACUGUCUAUCGAAAGUUUCAUGAAGUAUUGGAUGCAGUGGAAAGUCUUGCAUGUGAGUACUUAAAUACUCCAACAAUGGCAUCGCUCCAGAUUUAUCCGCGUAAGUUACGAGAAAACUCAAACUAUUGGCCAUUUUUUAGUGGAUUUAUUGGGGCACUAGAUGGAACACAUGUCAGAGUUAAGGUUGGAGGUAGUGAUGCAGUUGGGUACUGGGAUAGGCAUGGACAAACAAGUUUAAACAUAAUGGGCAUAUGUGAUAUAAACAUGAUCUUCACGUAUGCAUGGCUAGGUGCAUCUGGGUCUACACAUGAUUCAUUGGUGUUGCAAUAUGCAAUAGAUGGAGACCCUAUAUUCCCUAAACCUCCUAUAGGUAAAUACUAUCUUGUUGAUUCUGGAUAUGCUAAUAAGCGAGGAUUUCUAGCCCCAUACAGAGGAAGCAGUAAAGAAAAUAUCAGAUAUCAUCUCUCGGAAUUUGAUGAUGGUCCUCCUAGAAACAAGAAGGAAUUGUUCAAUAAAUGGCAUGCAUCACUUCGCUCAAUCAUCGAAAGAACUUUCGGAGUUUGGAAAAAGAAAUGGAGAAUUCUUGAUAACUUGCCUCGCUAUGACGUCAAGACCCAAAAUAGAAUUGUGCAUGCAACAAUGGUUCUUCACAAUUUUAUCAGGCUUCACAAAAUUCCAGAUGCUGAUUUUGAAGAUAGAAAUAGCAGUGGUCAAGCACAACAAAGACGACGGAUUGAAGAAGAAGAGCUUAGUAGACUUGAAGAAGAAGAAAUAACAACUGAUGGUCAAUACAUGAACAACAUACGAGAUGAGAUUGCAAACAUGAUUUGGAAUGAACAUUUAUAAAAAAAAACAAAUUUUAUUGGAUUUUUUAAUUUAAAGGUCAUGUUAUUAUUAUUGUUAUUUUAUUUUUAUUUUUUAUUUAUAUUAGAAUAAAUAUUAUUAUUCGAUUAUAAUAUUUAGAAAUAAUAUAUGUUGAAAAUUAUUUUUCAAAUUUAAUACUUAUUUAAAACAUUUUUAAAUAUUUAAUGGUUUAUUUGUUUUUAAUAAAUAUAUCACUAUUAAUAUGUUUAUAUAUUCAUUUAUUUUAUUAAGAAAUUCAUACUGCAACUUAUACAUCAAAAAAGUUACCAGUCAAUAGUUUUUAAAAAAUGAUUACUCUUAUUUUUACUGCGAACUUACCACAUAAACUUACAGUUUAUACCACAUCAUUUUUACUGCAAGUUACAUCGAAUUACAAAUCAUACUGCAACUCGGUUUUAAUACUACAUGUCACCAGUCGGAGCAUAAAAGAGAAAACAUUACAGAAAAAAACUUGCAGAACUAUAUCAGUUUACUUCAUUCUCAACUCUUAUCCCCAUUCCGCCCCCAAUCGAUCUUUGAAACAUUUCAAGUUCGUGAAAAUGCAAUUUUGUUUCGAGUUUUGAUUACAUCACAUAAGUGUUAGUGUAAAAUAAAACAGUUUUCUUUCUCAUAUGUAUGUAUAUAUAGAAGAUAGAUAGAUACUCCCUCCUUUCCUAGAUGUUCUAGGUAAAACACGUUUAUUAAAAAAAUUAUUUUUUAUCUAAAAAAAAUUAUUAAAACUAUAAAUUAAAACUAUUCAA